AUGUCGUUAAUACCGUUCAAAGUUGCAAUGUCAAAGACAAACAACAAAUUUGGUUAUAGCAUCGUCGCUUGGGACACCCUUCAUUUGGCUACCUUAAGCGGUCCGGCUCGUAUUACUUCGAACGAAUUUCAUUGGUUCGUCACAUUUAUUGAUGAUUGUACUCGACUCACUUGGGUUUUCUUGCUUAAAAAUAAACAUGAUGUUGCUUCCAUCCUUCUAGAGUUCUGUAUUAUGGUGUCUACUCAGUUUCAUGCUCGGGUCAGAGUAUUUCGGACUGAUAACGGAGGCGAAUAUGUGAAUAACACUUUGGCAUUUUUCUUCCAUGCUCAAGGUAUUAUUCACCAAACGACAACCUCAUUUACUCCUCAGCAGAAUGGUGUGUCUGAACGCAAGAAUCGUCAGUUACUUGAAGUUGCCCACUCCCUUAUGUUGGACAUGUCUAUUCCCUAUAAUCUUUUGGGGCAUGCUGUUUUAUCUGCUGCAUAUUUGAUUAAUCGUACUCUUAGCCAGGUUCUUGAUUUCAAGGCUCCACAUGAAGUGUUUGGUGACCAUGUUUCCCCUGUCUCAAUUUCCAAGUUGCCUCAUAAAAAAGGUUAUAAGUGCUAUCAUCCACAUACCCAGAAGGUGCAUGUUACUUUGAAUGUGACUUUCCAUGAAGAAGUGCCCUAUUAUAUCUAUCAUUCCUCCCUAAUUCAGGAGGAGAUGGGGAGUGAAUUGGAGAGUCUUGGAUUGGAGAAUGAUGUAUUUGAAUAUACUGCUCUCGGGAAGAAAACGACCUAUCGCACUGAAGCAAGUGACCCGUCACCCAUAUCUGAAGAUGAAACUUUUGGUCCCUGUGAAGAAAUGACUUAUCGCCCUUUGGAACUCAAUCAGUCACCCAUAUCUAGAGAUCAAGCAGGUGUUCUCGGUGUCGAAACGACCGAUCACAUUGAAGCAAGUGACUAUUAG